AUGGCGGUGAGCAUGGACGAUGAUGUUCCCCUCAUCCUCACCCUGGACGACAGCGGGAGCAGCGCCUCAGCCCCUCUGGACGAGCUGGAUCGGGAGGAGCUGCCCAACGAAAAUGGAGGCAGCUAUGAUGUUGUGAACGAUGCCUCCAGCCCCGCAGCCAGGGAGUGCUGUGCCCCGCAGAGCUCUGCCCGCCACAACUGGGAGAUGAACUACCAAGAGGCAGCCAUCUACCUCCAGGAAGGAGAAAACAACGACAAGUUCUUCACUCACCCCAAAAAUGCCAAAGCACUCGCUGCCUACCUCUUUGCACACAACCACCUUUUCUACCUGAUGGAGCUGAGCACGGCCCUGCUGCUGCUGCUGCUGUCCCUCUGCGAGGCUCCAGCGGUCCCCAUGCUCCGUCUGGGCAUCUUUGUCCACGCAACCCUGGAGCUGUUUGCGUUAAUCGUGGUCGUCUUUGAGCUCUCCAUGAAGAUGAGGUGGCUGGGCUUCCAAACCUUUAUCAGGCACAAAAGGACUAUGGUCAAGACGUGUGUGCUGCUGGUGCAGUUCGUGGAGGCCAUCGUGGUGCUGGUGCGCCAGACGUCGCACGUGCGCAUCACCCGCGCCCUGCGCUGCAUCUUCCUCGUCGACUGCCGCUACUGCGGGGCUGUCAGAAGAAAUCUGCGACAGAUCUUCCAGUCCCUCCCACCAUUUAUUGACAUCCUUCUUCUCCUGCUUUUCUUCAUGGUGAUUUUUGCUAUUCUGGGUUUUUACUUGUUUUCUCCUAACCACUCGGAUCCAUACUUCAAUACCUUAGAGAACAGCCUCGUGAAUCUCUUUGUGCUUCUGACCACUUCAAAUUUCCCUGAUGUGAUGAUGCCAUCCUACGCCCGGAACCCCUGGUCCUGUGUCUUCUUCAUCGUGUACCUGUCCAUCGAGCUGUACUUCAUCAUGAACCUGCUUCUGGCUGUUGUGUUUGACACUUUCAAUGACAUUGAGAAGAGGAAGUUCAAGUCCCUGCUGCUGCACAAGCGCACGGCCAUCCAGCACGCGUACCGGCUGCUGGUCACCAAACAGAGGCCGUCUGGAAUUUCCUUCAAGCACUUCGAAGGGCUGCUGCGGUUCUACAAGCCCCGGAUGUGUGCCAGGGAGAGAUAUCUCACCUUCAAAGCACUGAACCAGAGCAAUACCCCUUUAGUCAGUCUAAAGGACUUUUACAAUUUCUAUGAAGUUGUUGGCUUAAAAUGGAAGGCAAAACGGAACCGUGAGCACUGGUUUGACGACCUUCCCCGGACUGCAUUCCUUAUUUUCAAAGGCAUCAACAUCCUGGUGAAAUCCCGUGUGUUCCAGUACACUAUGUACACUGUGGUGGCUGUGAAUGGAAUUUGGAUUCUGGUUGAAACCUUCAUGUUGCAAGGAGGGAAUUUCUUCUCCAGGAAUGUCCCAUGGAGCUACAUAGUCUUCCUCACAAUCUAUGGCGUGGAGCUGCUCCUGAAGACCACUGGGCUGGGGCCUGUGGAGUACCUGUCCUCAGGCUGGAAUCUCUUUGACUUCUCAGUCACCCUGUUUGCAUUUUUGGGGCUCAUGGCACUGGCAUUUAACAUGGAGCCCUUCUACUUCAUCGUGGUCCUGCGCCCCCUCCAGCUGCUGAGGCUGUUCAAGCUGAAGAAGCGCUACAGGAACGUGCUGGACACCAUGUUUGAGCUGUUCCCUCGCAUGGCCAGCCUGGGUUUAACCCUGCUGAUCUUCUACUAUUGCUUUGCCAUCGUUGGCAUGGAGUUCUUCGCUGGCGUGGUCUACCCCAACUGCUGCAACACAAGCACAGUCGCAGAUUCCUACCGCUGGGUGAACCACACAGUUGGCAACAAAACAGUUGUGGAAGAAGGUUAUUACUAUCUCAACAACUUUGACAACAUUCUGAACAGCUUUGUGACGCUGUUUGAGCUGACGGUGGUCAAUGACUGGUACAUCAUCAUGGAAGGAGUGACCUCCCAAACCACUCACUGGAGCCGUCUGUACUUCAUGAUCUUCUACAUUGUGACCAUGGUGGUGAUGACCAUCAUCGUGGCUUUCAUCCUGGACGCUUUUGUCUUCCGCAUGAACUACACUCGGAAGAACCAGGAUUCAGAAGAAGAUAAUGGCAUUGUGCUGGAGAAGGAGAUCUCCAAGGAGGAGGUGAUUGGCAUAAUUGAGCUGUACAAGAGGAUUUCAGCUGCCCCUGAAACAGCUCAGCUGCAGAAGAUCGUGUUGCAGAUGGACAAAUAUGGGCAAAUGUCAACAGUGUUUCUGGGACGCAGGUCGAGGACCAAGAGUGAUCUGAGUAUGAAGAUGUAUGAGGAGGAGAUACAGGAAUGGUACGAGGAGCACUCCAGGAAAGAGGAAUCUCAGACACCUCUGCAAGAGCCUGCGCCUGCUCCCAGCAGCUCGCUGAAGCCCCUGAGCCUCCGGCAGCGCUCCCAGACUGUCAUUUAGGCCUAGCUAAUGCAAGCCACCUUCUAUGCAAUAACCUAGAGUAUUCCUCCCCAGCCUGUAUUUUGGGAGGGUGUAUAUAGAUCUGUCAGUGUACCAGUGUAGGGAUCCAGCCUUGCCCCCAGCAGUGGUUGCUGAGGAGCCAGAGGCCCAGGGGCUCUGGGGAAGGCUGCAGCACACAGGCUGAGUGUGAUGCUCAGCACAUCUGGGCAGAGCCCAGCCCUGGUCCCUCUGAGCCCCUUCCCAGGCUCCAGCUCCUGCUGCUUGUCUCACCACUAACAGACCUUGGGGAAAGGGAUGUGUAAUCCAUUAACAGCAGGGAAUUUGCUGAAGUCACCUGCUUCACUGUAAAACUUUGGGAAGAUCCCUGUUGUUCAAAGGGUACCAUGAACCUAGGGACAAAGAUCAGGGAGUGAGUUUUUGUUUCUUCUCCACCUUCCUUACGCAAAGAAAGGGGAGGUGUUGUGAAAUCUCAGCACUUUUAGAAGGGCAGCCUGCCCUCCCCCUCCUUUUUGGCACUCCUAGAUGCACUCCCUGUAGUUGCUCCAGCUCUGAUUACUGAAUUUUGCUGUCCCUGAGCAGUUCUGAGGCAGAGAUGAGGGCCAGCACCUCGUGUUAUGGCCAUAGGUGGGUCAGGGUUUGGAGACACUGUCUCUGCUGUAUCUGCAUCACUGCUGGUCAUCCUGCCCCUGGCACUGCCUGGGCUUGGGUCACCUCUGCAAACCCCAGAGCCCCUGUCUCUGUUCAAAGAGGGGCAUUCUGCAGGGUGAUGUGGCUGCUGGGCUCUGCCACUUGGCCACCUCCUCUGUAAAACCUCUCUGGCUGGUCCUUAGCUCGGAUAAGUGACUGGGAAGAAGAAUGGAAUGUUUGGCAGCUCCAAGUCUGGCUUUUUUCUGCCUGGCUCUGGGUUAAGGAGAACUCCUGGGCAUCACACAGUCCUGCUGGUCAGUCCUCAGUCCAGAAAACCCAGCACAGACGGGGGCUCCUCCCUGGCAGGAAUGCUGCUCAGGCUGGAAAACAUCAGCUCAGUCAGAUCUUGGAAGAUCCACUGAAGAGCUCUGCUGUUCCCCUGGAUUUUGGAUGCAGGAGGAAUGUGGAAGACAUUCUUCUCACCUGUCUGCUUGUCUUCACCUGAGAGCUGAGGGAUGAGGAGGAAGGGGGAAAAGGGCUCCCUUCCCAGCUCUGUUUGUGGGGUUGUGGCUUUGUGUCAUCCAUUGUCAUCGUUUGUCUCUCCAAGGCCCUCUUUUCCCUGUCAGGGCUGGAAGUUCCCUCACCUCUCACUGUUUGAUCUUUCCUCGGGUUCAGACUAAGAGUGGAGCUUCUGGAGAGGUUUCCCCCCUUGCUCCAGGUGCAGCAGGCAGUGGGAGAUCCGUGUCCCCAUCCCCUUUGUCCCACAUGCUGUUCCUUGGUGGCACCAGGACAGCAGGAGAGGGCUGAUCCUACCCAGGCAGCUCAGGAGCAUUUCCUGGGUGGGUGAGACUUUCAGGGGGGGAGGCAAGACAGAGCUGCUUCUGGA